UCACACCGGAGCACGAGCGGCUGCCUCAACUGUCUCUGAGCGAGUCAGUCAACGAAAACUCAGCAGAACAUGUGUUGAACUACACGGUGUGCGGCGUUUCGGUGGAUGCUGACUGGAUAACUCUUCAGGGGUCCCUCGCAUGAAAAGUCUGUUCUGUUUGCAGCUCUGUUCCCAGUGUAACCAGCCUCUCGCUUUAUUACCGGCAGAGGAGGGAAGCGGUGUGGACAAUGAGAGGACCUGCAAGUGGAUAACUAUGCUACAGAUACAUGUCAGGACCAAUCAGAACAAGCGCCCACAGGCACACACAUGGCCUUGUAAGCUGUGACUGUGAACCUUACUAUCAAGGAAAUUCCCCAGUCCUCCAGGGUCACCGUGGGUUUUCUAUCUGCUGGUUUGUACAGCUGCACAAGCUUCUGUUUCCACAACACGCAUACAAAACACACACAGAGUACACUCUGUAUGGACGUGCUGUCUUAGUUACUCGAGAGGUCACUGGAAGCUGGAAGUUAUUAUUUACCCCAGCACAUACCUAUGACCAUGAUGGCACGCUUAAAUUAAAAACGUUUGGGUCUGUUGUGUAGCAUGACCUGAAGUGGAUCUCUCUCAUCAUCAUCAUACUGCAGCAAAACAAAGGAUAAAGCGGGAAGCUCCAGGGAUGGCUACUGAAGAAAAUCAGACACAGGUCGGGGCUGCAGUUCUGGCUCAGCGUGCUUCACCACCGUCUGCUGGGAGCCGACCCAGCAGGGAAUCCAGACAUGCAAGUAACAGCCAGGAAGUACAGCGACACUCUGACCAAUUGUGGCAGUCAAAACAGCGGAGCAGCCCUUCCCUCCUCUUAUAUAGGAAGUUGUCAUGUGACAGUGGGAAAGGGACAAUUUUGGACGAGGAAUCUGAGUGUUUGGAUUACAGCUCAGAAGUUUUGAGGACUGAAGAGAAACUCUAUCCAGAGCCUCCGGCUGGCAAAAGAAUUGAAGGACUAACUAACACGGUUACUCCAAUACCUGGGAAAAGUUCAGAGGCAUCUCCAUGCCAGCUGGACACCUCAGGAGAGGGUGUGGAUGCAGGCAGAAACAGAACUGGCAGCACCCACUGCUCCUGCACCAUGUCUAGCCUUUACAUGAGUCCAAACAUCUACUGUUGCCACAGCCCCAGAUCCAGUCCAAGCCCCAGCUCCAGCCCUGUUCAUAGCCCUCUCAUCAGCUCCAGACCCUCUCGGCCCAAACAGCGACACAUCCGCCGCAGCAGCCUGCCUGUGUCUAUGCUGGCUUUCCACAAGACAUCCCCCUACCUCUCACCUUGGUGCAGUCCAGCCAGUGAACCAAACUCUUUGGUGUCCUCUCCCUGUAGUUCCCCCUCUGCCAACCACCGCCAGCAUCACCAAAAUGGACACAUCCACCGGCACCACCUGAAAGAUGGCUACUCAAGUUUAGAAAGGCUCAAUCGAAGGCCCAGGGUUAACAAAUGCUCCCUGGAGAAACUAUUCCUACGACGGGCAUCUCUAGAAACCAUGACAACAACCCUGAGGAACAAGGAGAGGUCAUCCUCUCGAGUGGCCAGGAACUAUAAUGGGGGCAGCAGCAGUGAUGAGGGCGAUGGAGAAGGUCUCUUGGAUAGCACAGAGUUUAUUAGGAACCGUAAAGCGCGAUCCACUGUCCUGGUGAGGCGUUUCUUCAAGAAUAAUCAAAAGGUGACCAAGUCAGUGUGUACUGGAACCAGAGCAAUUGUCAAGACACUGCCGUCUGGACGCAUCUCAGAGGCGGUCUGGGAGGUGGUUGUUUAUCGCAGGACACGUCGACCCAGCAAGAAGGAUGUAUGGCCAAUCUUAAUGCGCAAUGGGGGAAAAGAAUUAAGAGUCUACAGGGAGAUACUACGUCUUGUUGGAGUUAAGCUACAGCAGGUUAAAAACUAUGUGCAGGACAGAGAGGAACUCAACCUGAUUCAUCCUGCCAAAAAACUCCUGCUGUCUUUCCCUGGAUGUGUGUGUCUCAGGGAGUCUCGCUGGCUAUUGGACACUGCCAGUCCAGCCAGACCAGACAAGAUUCCCUGCCUUAAUCCCCAGUGUUGUCGUCCUUUUCAUCUACCAAGGUUUUACCGUGCUUGUGACCAAAGGACGUCAGUGUGUUCCCUGCUUACUGGAGCACUGCUAGAGGCCACAGCCGCUCUUGGUGCCCGCUCCGCUCUACUUUACCCUUUGCCCCAGGGCCCCAACAGCCACGCUGUGCUGAAAGAGCGUCAGCUGGCCAACAGUAUGACCAGCAGCAGCAGUUCUAUUCCUCCCAGUGUCAGUGGGAUCAGUAAGGAGCUGGCAGAGGUGCGCCACCUUGUUCAGUUCCCAGAGGAGAUCGCCUGUAUCCUCACCGAGCAAGAGCAGCAGCUCUACCAACGGGUCUUUCCCUUGGACUACCUCUGUUUCCUCACUCGAGACCUGGGCAGUCCAGAGUGUCAAACCAAACGACACCCAAACCUCAAGGCCUCGCUGUCUGUGCCCACCAUGCCUACCCAGAGUGCUCAGCGAAGUAACGCUGUGGAGGACCUGGUAGCGCGCUUCAAUGAGGUGAGUUCAUGGGUGACGUGGCUGAUCCUGACAGCAGGAUCCAUGGAGGAGAAGAGAGAAGUUUUCUCCUACCUGGUCCAUGUGGCCAAAUGCUGUUGGAACAUGGGAAACUACAACGGUGUCAUGGAGUUCCUGGCUGGACUCAGGUCCCGCAAGGUGCUGAAGAUGUGGCAGUUCAUGGACCAGUCAGACAUUGAGACCAUGAGGAGCCUUAAGGACGCCAUGGCUCAGCACGAGUCUUCUUCUGAGUACAAGAAAGUUGUGACCAGAGCUCUCAAUAUUCCAGGAUGCAAGGUGGUGCCAUUCUGUGGGGUUUUUCUGAAGGAGCUGAGUGAGGCGUUGGAUGGGACAGCAAGCAUCAUCAGCCUCAAACCUCCUCCAGAUAAUACAGAGGACUCAAUAGAAUUUGUGUCUGACUACAGCGGCCAGCACAACUUCAUGUCACGGUCUGGUCCAGAUGGGCUACACGUCCCAGAAAAAGAAGCUACUGUCAGUAAUAUCCUCCAGAUUAUCAGAUCUUGUAAUCGUAGUUUGGAGGCAGAGGAUCCCGAUGAGGCGUCCACUAGUCCCUCUUCUACUGGCCCGUCCCCUUCGUCCAGAAACAACUCCUUCAGGGACCGCUGUCGCAAUCAAUUCAUGGUAGGAGACUUGUCAGAUUCAGAGGGCGACUUGUCGUCUGAACCGGUAAAGGAGGUGGAGUUUCAAGGCACUGAGGAGACACACAGAGCUUUCAGCCAUGGCACUGAGCUCAUCCCCUGGUAUGUGUUGUCGCUACAACCAGACGUUCACCAGUUUCUGCUGCAGGGGGCUACAGUGAUCCACUAUGACCAGGACAGCCACCUCACAGCUCGCUGUCUGCUGCGACUACAACCUGACAACACAACACUCACCUGGGGUAAGCCUCAGAGCGGAGGGGCUUCCCCCACAGAUCCACCACUGGGAUUAGGACAGACUGUAGUGGCUGGACUAGCAGAGGGCCUUUUGGACCUGGGUGUGGUGAAGGCAGUGUUCCAAGGUCAUCAGGGAGUCGAUGUUCAUGCUGUAUGUUUGCAAAACAAGCUGAGCCAGAUGACAGUGGAGGAGAAUGGUCUCAGCCUCCUCUACGGUCUCAGUACCACCGACAACAGACUCCUGCACUUUGUGGCCCCCAACCACACGGCACAGAUGCUCCAUAAGGGCCUGUCAGAGUUGGUGAAUGCAACCAGAAAAUUAAAGAAGUUUCCUGACCAAAGGUUGCAGUGGCUGAGGAGGCAGUAUGUCAGUUUGUAUCAGGAGGAUGGCAGGUAUGAAGGUCCUACACUAGCCCAUGCCAUUGAGCUGUUUGGUGGGCGGAGGUGGAACAUGGGUACAGGUGGAGUGGAAAAACCUGGCGGCCAGAAAAACAGCCCUCUCAACGAUAAGACCAAGAAGAAGAAGAAGGUCCUUGUCAGGGGAGACAGUGGGGAUGCCACAGAUGAUGAGAUGGUUUCCAGGAAAACACGGAGCUGCAAGGAGGGACUGUAUCGAAAUGGACCAGAGUCUGACAGCAUUGACCAAGAAGAUCCAGAGGACAGCUUCCCUGGACCAUUCUCUCUCUCAUCCAGCAUGGCGGCGUCCAACCAGUCCCGCCCGCAAUCCUCUCCGAUCCUCUCAGGAACUGCUAAGUCACAGCCUGGGGCAUGGAGCAGCAGGUCCUGGCACGGUCGAGGUAAAGGCUGUCUCAAAGGCUUCCAGAACCUCAUGAUUUCUGACAGCACGAUGAGCUUCAUUGAGUUUGUUGAGCUCUUCAAGUCCUUCAGUAUCCGAAGCAGGAAGGACCUGAAAGAGCUGUUUGACACCUUUGCCGUCCCCUGCAGCCGUUCAAGUCCAGAGUCUGCUCCUCUCUACACCAACCUCAGGAUAGACGACAAAGACUCAGGGCUACAGCCGGACCUCGACUUGUUAACCCGCAACGGCUCUGAUCUUGGCCUGUUUAUCCGAACGAGGCAGCAGAUGUCUGACAACCAGAAGCAGAUCUCAGACGCCAUUGCAGCAGCCAGCAUUGUGACCAAUGGGACAGGAGUGGAAAACGCAUCACUAGGCGUCUUGGGAUUGGCUAUUCCUCAGCUCAAUGACUUUCUCAUUAAUUGCCAGAGAGAGCACCUCAGCUAUGAUGAGAUUCUUAGCAUUAUACAGAAAUUUGAGCCCUCAUCAAGCAUGAGACAAAUGGGUUGGAUGUCAUUUGAAGCCUUUGCAAGGUUCCUGAUGGAUAAGGAAAACUUUGCUUCCCGUAUUGAGGAAUCCCAGAUUAACCCGGAGGAGCUGCAGUAUCCUCUGUCCUACUACUACAUUGAGUCUUCUCACAACACCUAUCUGACUGGACACCAGCUCAAAGGAGAGUCCUCUGUUGAGCUUUACAGUCAGGUGCUGCUGCAAGGCUGCAGGAGCGUCGAAUUGGACUGUUGGGAUGGUGACGACGGCAUGCCAGUCAUUUACCACGGACACACACUCACCACUAAGAUUCCCUUUAAGGAUGUGGUGGAAGCAGUUAACCGGUCUGCAUUCGUCAAUUCUGACAUGCCCGUCAUCCUGUCCAUAGAGAACCACUGCUCCCUCCCACAGCAGCGCAAGAUGGCUGAAAUCUUCAAGACGGUGUUUGGGGAACGUCUCGUAACACGCUUCCUCUUUGAAAGUGACUUCAGCGAUGACCCGCACCUGCCGUCGCCGCUGCAGCUACGGGGGAGGAUCCUCCUGAAGAACAAGAAGCUCAAAGCCCACCAGGCACCAGUGGACAUACUCAAACAGAAGGCUCACCAGCUGGCCCACAUGCAAGCCCAGGCUAGCAAUGGGGCACCAGGGGUUACUUCGCCUGGCAACCACACCAAUGAGGAAGAGGAAGAGGAAGAAGACGAGUACGACUAUGACUAUGAAUCUUUAUCAGAUGCUGAUGUCCUCACAGCCUCUACUGCCUCAUAUGGCCUGGAAGAUAACAUCCUGGAUGAUAAGCCAGAAGGGAAGAGCUCAGCAGACAAAGAAGAGCAACCUGUUGAUGAAAUACCAAAGAGGAUGAAGAAGUCUGAUAGCACUACACAGAGCAAAGGAAAGGUGUUUGACAUGGAGCUGGGCGAGGAGUUUUACCUUCCUCAGAACAAGAAGGAGAGUCGACAGAUUGCCCAGGAGCUGUCCGACCUCAUCAUCUACUGCCAGGCUGUGAAAUUCCCUGGCCUGUCCACACUGUCUCCAGCCGGGUCUGGCAGAGGAAAAGACCGGGGAAAGAGCAGAAAGUCCAUAUUUGGCACAGCUCCUGCUCGCUGCACAACAGGGGAGGUCACAAGCCAGAGCCGCACCCCUGGGAAAGGUGGAGCUGAGCGGCUGAGCUGGGAAGAGCAGCAGACGUCUCCCAUCCUCAACCCCCCGACCUCUCUCAGCGCCAUCAUCCGCACACCCAAAUGCUACCACAUCUCCUCCGUCAACGAGAAUGCCGCCAAGCGCCUGUGCCGGCGUUACUCUCAGAAGCUGAUCCAGCACACGGUGUGCCAGCUGCUCAGGACUUACCCAGCAGCCACCAGGAUCGACUCAACAAACCCAAACCCUCUGCUGUUCUGGCUGCACGGCAUUCAGCUGGUGGCACUCAACUAUCAGACUGAUGACCUGCCCAUGCAGUUGAACACAGCUUUGUUUGAGGCCAACGGUGGCUGUGGCUACGUCCUGAAGCCGGCAGUGCUGUGGGACCGCAGCUGUCCGCUCUAUCAGCAGUUCUGUCCGAUGGAGAGGGACGUGGAGAAAAUGAGCCCCGCCGUCUAUUCCCUCACUAUUGUCUCUGGUCAGAACGUCUGUCCUGGAAACAGCGCCGGCAGCCCCUGCCUCGAGGUGGACAUUCUGGGCAUGCCCAUUGACAGCUGCCACUUCCGUACCAAACCCAUCCACCGCAACACCCUCAACCCCAUGUGGCAUGAGCACUUUCAGUUCACCGUGCACUUUGAAGAGAUGUGCUUCUUGCGCUUCGCUGUGGUGGAGAACAACAGUUCUCAGACUACUGCUCAGAGAACUCUGCCUCUUAAGGCCCUCAAGCCAGGUUACAGACAUGUGCAGUUGAGGACACAACAUAAUGAACCUCUCGAAGUGUCGAGCUUGUUUAUCUACAGCCGCAGAACAGAGGAAGGUCCCACAGGGGGCGCUACUCCCUCAUCACUGCUGUUCAGUUCGGAGGAGAAACAUUUGUCGCAGCAGCACAGGGUGACGGUGUAUGGAGCUCCUGGUCCUGAACCCUUCACUGUGUUCUGUAUCACCGAACAGACGACCGCCAAACAGCUGCUAGACACAGUCGUCGCAUCUUCGGGAAACCCGUCAGAGUACUUCCUGUGCGAGGAGAAGGUUCCUCUGCUGAAGGAGCGCAGUGAGGUGAAGCGCUGUCCUCAGCAUCGUGCUCUUGCACCCGAGGAGGAGGUGGUCAGACUGGUCUCUAGCUGGAACACUGAGGAGGGAUAUGUGGGGAGGAUCUGCCUCAAAACCAGAGAGGAGAAGUUAAAUGAGAAGAACACAGCGCUGGAGGGAGAGGAGGAGGUGACUGUGGGAGGAAGAGAAGGAGCAGGAGGAGGAGGAGCAGAAGACGAUAUGUUCUUUGUCCAGGUCCAUGAAGUUUCACCAGAGCAGCCUCAUACUGUGAUCAAGGUCCCACGCUACAGCACUGCUCAGGACAUCAUACAGCAGACUCUGUCAAAGGCCAAGUAUUCCUACAGUAUCCUAUCAAACCCCAACCCAUGUGACUACGUCCUGAUGGAGGAAGUGACAAAGGACGCUGGCUCUAAGAAGUCCUCCACUGCCAAGCCCCUGCAGCGAGUGCUGCUGGAUCAUGAGUGUGUCUAUCAAGCUCAGAGCCGCUGGCGGGGCGCGGGAAAGUUCAUUCUUAAACUCAAAGAGCAGGUGGUGCGGGAAGACAAAAAAAAGGUAAUUUCCUUCGCCAACGAGCUGAAGAAACUGACUAGUCGCAGCCGCAGCAUGACGACUGGUGGCGGAGUCGACGGUCCUGCCCAGAGUUAUCUGUCUGCAGCUGCGGGUCUGAAGGCAUGGGUGGCAGAGGGCAGGGUGUGGCCAGGAAGGUUCCUACAGGCGGCCUCCUCCUCCUCCUCCUCCUCCUCCUCCUUAAGGGGGCAACUCCAACCUGUCCACCUACCCACCUCCUCUCUGACCCCCCUAAGCUGGAAGCUUCACCUACUCAGGAACUGGAAGAUCCACAAAUGAGUCUGCAGAGAGAGAAGAUUUGGGUUGACUACUUCUAAACUUGGAGGAUUGUGGUGUCCACAUAGUGUGGAAUUCGCGGAUAUGCGCCCCCCUUAAGUCCCAAAGGAGUCUGAUCCUGUCUUGUGCUAGUUGAGCAAGUGGAGGACAGGAUUGAGUCCAAGCCCCAUUAAUGGGUUCAGGUGACAAAUGUUCAGCCCCUUUUUAAUUGGUUGAAUGAUAGACAGGAGUUUCACCAGGCGCCACGUUAGAGCAGUGAUGGUCAUGUGGGCAGGUUGCACUGGCUUGUCUUGGUUUAUUGGUUGUAGUGUGGCUCCACAGGGAGUCCAGAGUACCAGGGGCAGCUGCUGUUGUUGAAGUCAUCAGCUAUGUGAUCAGGGACACUUAUUCUCUUGCCAAUAUACAGGAGGAAUUUGUCAAACAUGUCACAUUAAAAGGAUGAAGAGGUUUGUUUUUAGAUGUGCCAGAAGUAGGAAAAUGAGUUUAGUGAACCACAAAAGAGUUGACUUAUGGACAAAUCAAAUAUGGCUCUGCAAGAGAUGUCCUGUGUCCUAGCACAGGCUACAGUUAGCUAUAUCAUUUAUUUGGAUCAAAGUUUAUAAACUACUCCCCUUUUUUCUGGUACCACACACAUAAAGCACACAGCAGACGGAGAGAGAUCUGCUUGGAAAAAAUGGAAGGAGAGAAGUAGGAGAGUACGAAAACAGUAUUCUUCUCUCUUUCUCAGGUAUGGGGCUCGUUUGGCUGAGGGCAUUGUGGAGGGGGCUGACAAGCUGGCUUGUUGGGUUCUUUUCUAACUGUUCCAGUUUCACAGUACUGUAAGGGCACAUUUUGGGCACAGAAAGAGGCAACAAAGUGAAACGACCUAUUAGAUAUUCUGUAAUGGAAGCAGCAAUGCUUUAGGAGGUUUCUUGGACACUACUGUCUCUGCCCUAAAGGUAAAUAGACAUGAACAGCAUUUUAAGGCAGUGUUGGUGCGCAGUAUUGUUGAUACAGUUGCUCUUCCACAUUGCCUUAAAAUGUUGCAACACUGCCUUUAACUUUUGGUUAUUUUUUAGCUGUGUCUUUGAGGAGGAUCUGAGGCUCGUUUUCACAAAGUGUUUUAGUUCUGUUAUCAUUGUAUGUCAACGGGCAUUUUAUCUUGCCAACCAAAUCCAAAAUCAAAUUUUAGAGGUAUUUUCAUUUAGGAAUACUGCCUUGUUAAAGCAAGUAAAAAGAAAAAGAAAGUUUAAAAGGUUGUCUAAACACAAGUGGCCAUACAAAACCUUUUAUGUACAGAUGUUCAAUAUUGAAUCUGAAUGCUAACGAGCUAUUGUGGCUAAAUUGAGAAAUGUAAACACUUUCACCUCAUUGUGACAAAGCCUUUACAAAGAAAAACUAAAAAUAUUUCCUUCAGUUUCCCCCUAUGUUUGAAUGGAACAAUGAUGAUGCCAGCACUAAGAUCCUUUAUAAAAACAGCCUUGUCUUCUUCAAACAGCAUUUUGCACAUUUGUUUUCCUUUUGCUGUCAUCUUCUGUGUGUUUGUGUAAUUUGUCUGAAAAAUGGCAGACUUGAUUGUUAUGAGAUGGUCAAAAUGUUUUUUUUUUUUUUAAUUAUGAUCAUAUUUAUUACUUUUGAUUUCUGCCCAGUUGCGAAUUUAGUUUUGAGGAAAAAAAUAUUGUUAACAGAAAGAAUUGCAUUUCACUUUAGUUUAUUGGCCUACAUGUGCUGUCCUUGAUUUUGAAUGCAGUAUCUUUAUAGGUUACUAGUAUUGAUUGAUUGUCAAUAAUGAUUGUAGACUUUUCUUUAUUUCAAUUUCUUUCAGAAUUUACUAAGAUUUAUUCUAUCUUUAUUCUAUUUUGAUGUGUAACAUUUCCAUAUUUUUAAAAUUAUGAUAAAGUUUAGAUUCUCUUCUCUCUUUAGGACAUAGUUUAGUUUUGUUUGGCAUUUCAGUUUUUAAUAUGUAGAUAUCCCCUCUAGUUGCUGAGCCACAAGGAGUCCAUUAAAGGUUUUAAAUCUAUAGGAGGAAAAAGUAAAAUUUGAAAAGAAACUUUGACAACAAAAAUCAAGACCAUGAUGACAAAGUACACAGCUGCCGUACUGCACUGUGUAUUUACAGUUACUUAACAUUAUACAGACAAAAUGACAACUUUCCUAUAUGAAAUCGGAAGAAAGCCAGUUUUGUGAGUUAACCCACUGAACAAUUUGGGGUUAAGAAUAAAUUAAAAAAAGGUAAAUUUGUCAUUUAUUUUAACCCACAUUUAAACAUAAAUCUUGUUGAAAAGCUUCCUAAAACCUGCAAACCGUGAACACUUCAUGUUAAGUAAAAUGUUACUUAAAGCCCCUGUCAAGCAACAAGCAACUGUCAUUUUGUGUCAAUUCUGGCGGCCCCUGUGGACAACAGUGGUAGUGUUUCUGCUGCCUCGUUUCAUUGAUUUCAAGGGGAAUCCGACUGAAUCCGAUCCAAAUUCUGUGGCAUGUAUUAAGAAUAACAACAUAGAAAUAGUCGAUCAUCCUCACUGAUGGUCUUGUUUAUGUAUGUACGUCAUAUAGGGGCAUCAGUAUAUUCUACUAUAGUUUAAUAACCAGUAAAAAAAACUCCUUGUCAUGAUUAAAAUGCAAUUUUUUUUAUUUCAUAGGCAGUCUGGCCAAUAGUAGCCACACUCCUCAAGAUGAAUUGGACUUUUGACCUUUUAAUUUAUUUUUAAAUAAAACUUUGCUCAAUGCCAAGUAAUGACAUUUGAAUUUUAGUGCAAUAGUAAAGUUCUGUCACUUCAACCCCUUUAGGUUUUGACUCCUGACCUUGACGUGUCUAAAUCUGUCAAAACUGAUAUCAUUCACUCACAAAGGUGAUCCUUUGUCAGUGGUCAGGCAGCAGGUCGAUGCUUAAUGGUAGUGAAGGUAGAUUAGAUUGUGAUCAAAGACACCACAAAUCAGCGAUAGUUAGGCUGAUAGGUUCACUGUAAUCCUUUUAUCCAUUCCGGCUUUUUGUUGUUAUAAUUGAAAUACGAUUAUGCAAAAGAUCAGAUUUCAUAAACUGGUGAUUACUUACAACUACCAUGCUGGAUAAAAGAGAUAUCAGCUGAUAUGACUAUGUGAAUUUCACACUGACUUUACACAGAAAGGGACAUUUUCUGUUCAGUUCUAAAUCUGUAAUCAGUGAGUGCUUCAUCAUAUCUUCACAUUCUUCAGGCAGAGCUGUGUUUCUUGUUUUCCUUCUUCUAACCUGUAGACCUCAUUUCUGAAUGUAACAUUUCUUAACGUGUUGAACCUGAGACAAAUGUGUGUUUGGAUGUUAUUUAUUUUAAUGUGAAGCCCUGGUUGGCAAUUAUCUGGUGUUGUUGUUUAUGUAUUAUUUCCUGUUAGUAGUUUAAUGUGUUUUUUUAUUUAUUUCAAUAUGUGAGAGGAUAAACUCUCCACUGCCCUAAUUUUACUCAAACUUAUUUAGAUACGUAAAGAAAUAUUUUACUUUAUGUGUAAAAUAUUCAGUAUAGUAUUCAUAUUCCUGGCAUGUUAUUCUGCAGUACACAGCAGCGUAUUUUAAUGCCUUUUAUUUGUUUUCAUAAAUGUGGACAAAAGCUGACAAUUUUAAACUUUUUUUUGGUGUAUUCAUUAUAUCCACUGAAUAUGGCAUAUGUAUUUGCUGACUGUGGCCUGUUUCAUCUUUAGCACUCUGUUAUUUCCAUAAGAUGUGCAUGAUACCCUUUAACAUCCACUAUCUGUGUUAUGAUGUGGCUGUCAAGUGAACAUUUGUCUAUUUACUUGAAUUUUUAAAUGGAUAAAUUGGUGGAUUCGUCAUAUACCAGGAUCACAAUAAAAAUAUAAGUACUUAA